UUGCUUUAUGCUUUAUGUAUAGAAAUAUAUAAUUAUCUUUUCUUUACAUCUAAUGUUCAAUUAUGCGUAUCCACCAAAAAAAUGUUCAAUUAUGCUUUAUAGUUGGGCAAAAUGGACGCUACAAAAAAGCAAUUGACCAAACCAAGUACCGCAACUAAGAAGGUAACGAGCUAUGAGAAACAAAGAAUGAAGAAUAUUAAUAAAAACCGUGAGAGAAUGAAUGCUCUAGGAGUGAAGAAUAUAACAACUUGUUUGAAGGCUGUGGUUCAACAUAAGAAAUUGAGGAAGGAAAAACAAAUACCAAUUGAGGAAAAUGACGAUGAUUAUCGACCGUCAGAGGCUGAAGAUGGCAGUGACACUGAAUCCUAUGAUUCGUUUGAGCAUGAGCUGUUAGAGAUACCAUCGAGAGCCCGUUCACAAUCUCAUCAUGAGGCAUUGACCCACGCAUUAGAAGAGGGGGAUACCUCUUCACGUCCAGAGGUGGCUAGCCAUCCGCCACCACCUCUCAAUGUGAAGCCUCAACUUGAGGUGACUGCUGGUAAUACUAUCGCUGCUAAGCAAGCUCGUGGCCCGACUCAAGGCAAAGAGGUUCAAGGCCUUGUUGAUAGAGAUGGAAAGCUUAGCGUGCCUAUCCCUCCAGAAUUUCAUGCACCGGUAGGGGACUAUGCCUCAAAACUAUCCUCAAAGAUUGGUGUAGAAGUGCGAACUUGUUUACCAGAUCCAAGUGUUCGUAGGUGGAAGCAUGUUGAUGCCUCUGUUAAGGAGGCGAUGUUUCAACGCUUGAAUAAUUAUCUAUGA